AUGACAGCAGCGUCAGGCACGUCCUCACGUGCAUUACGCGCUGCUCGACGUAGAGAGGUGUUGCGGCUACACGAGCAGCAGCACGAGAAGCUGGUGGGGCGGGAGGAAAUAGCAGCACCUGUUGAGGCAGCGGCGGCUAAUGCAUCUGAGGCUGGGACGGAGACGGCGUGGGUGGCGAAACCAACGGCUGAUGGGGCACCGACAGGGGGCGCUGAGGCUAAGACAGGUGCGGCGGAGGCGGCGACAUUGGCAACGGCAUCAUCGGGGUUUGAGGCGGAGACGGAGUGGGCUGCUGGGACUGCCACUGCCUCUGGUGGCGACUCAGCUUCGCACGCUGCCGCGUUCCAGGCUGUGGUGCUGCGGAUUGUGGGGCGGGGACCGGCGGUUGAGCGGGAACAGACACCGGAGGCAGUGUUACCUGCGCCACGGGCACCGACAGGUGCUGAGACGGCUGCUGUGGCGGGAGAGGACGCGAGCCCAGCGGAGGGAGGCAUGGAGGCUGGCGUUCAGUCCGCCGAAACGCCUACUGCUACCGUGGGCGCAGACACGCUGGGGCACGGCCUGGGGGCGGGUGGUACAUUCGGUCGUGAGACCGGAGCCGCCGCGCAUGUCGCUCGCGGGAGGGGCGGGAGGAACUUUCGCGCCCAGCCAGCGCCGAGGCGGCCCGGAGAAGGGCUGGGACCUGGUGCCACGGGACCACUCCUGGGCUGGCUUCUGCAAGGGUAA